UACUCAGUGCUGGUCAGUCAGAAUCCUGCCAGCUUGUGCUGAUCAAUGAUUGGAGGAAGGACAGCCCCCCCCUGCCUUGUACCUCUUGGUAUUUAGGGCUCGCUAUAAAAGGGCUGGGUAGUCUAUACUGGGAGAUCAGGGGUUAAAUUUGCUAGCUUUAAGAACAUAAAGGCCCAGCUAUUAAAGAUUAGGGGAGGGCUUCAUGGUUGUGGCUGGCUGCACAUAUUUUAUUUUUGUGUGUGUGUGUGAAAGUUUGUAAGUCAGGGCAUUGAGGAUGGAGGAGCUGGCUAGAGAGAGCAUCAGCUUGCUGGCCAAGCCUGGUGGGGAAAGUGGAAGUCCCAGUUUAUCCUCACUGGGAGCCAUUUUUAUCAUGUUAAAGUCUGCGCUGGGAGCCGGGCUCCUGAACUUCCCCUGGGCGUUCAACAAAGCAGGUGGGACCAGUACAGCAGUCCUGGUGGAACUGGGUUCCUUAAUCUUUCUCAUCAGUGGUCUGGUAAUCCUGGGAUACGCUUCCUCGCUCAGCACCCAUUCCACAUACCAGGGUGUGGUUAAGGACAUUUGUGGCCCAGCUAUAGGCAAACUCUGUGGCAUCUGCUUCAUAUUUAACCUUUUUAUGAUAUCCGUGGCCUUUCUCCGUGUGGUGGAGGAUCAGUUGGAAAAAUUGCGGGACUCCGUAAGCACAAAUCUGACCAUGGAGGCCGUGGCGGAAAGCUUCCAGCCGUGGUAUGUGGAUCCCAGGCUGAUCAUGAGUUUCCUGUGUCUGGCAGUCAUCCUUCCACUCUCUAUACCCAAGGAAAUCAGUUUUCAGAAAUACACCAGUAUUCUUGGAACCUUGGCUGCCGGUUACCUGACUGUGGUGAUCAUCGUGAAGUAUUACCUGAUGGAGCAUAACACCCUCCAUAAGCGUGAAUAUUCUACAGCUGUCUCCUCCGUGGCCUCAAUGUUCAGUGUGAUCCCCACAAUCUGCUUUGGCUUUCAGUGCCAUGAAGCUUGUAUCACCAUCUACAGCAGCAUGAAGAACAAGAGUCUGUCCAACUGGAUUGCAGUGUCUGUGGUGUCUAUGAUCAUCUGCCUUGUCAUCUACUCCCUAACUGGUGUCUAUGGGUUCCUCACAUUUGGAGAAAGUGUCGCUGCUGAUAUUCUGAUGUCGUACCCAGGGAAUGAUGUGGUUGUAAUAAUAGCCAGGCUGCUGUUUGCUAUUUCCAUUGUUACCAUCUAUCCAAUUAUACUGCUGCUGGGGAGAUCUGUCCUUCAGGAGCUCUGGUUGGAUCACAAGCAUUAUGUGAGUGACUCCUAUGAACGGUUUGUGAGGGUCCUACUGACGGUUCUUUGGAUCCUUGUCACUCUCAUCAUUGCCCUGUUUGUCCCGGACAUCAGCGAGGUCAUCUCCAUUAUAGGUGGAAUCAGCGCUUUCUUCAUCUUCAUCUUCCCAGGAAUGUGUCUGAUUUGUGCUAUGCAGACUGAACCGGUGGAAAGGAGGAAAAAAUCCUGCCUAGUUGCCUGGGGAAUCAUCUCUGUUCUGUGCGGGGCCUUUAUUUUUGGCCAGAGCACAACCAUUGCGGUUAUGGAACUUAUGGAGAAAUUCUGAGACCUCCUAACUCUGCGCUGGAGAUGAGCGGCUGUGGAACCUAAUUUUUUUUUUUUUUAACUGUAUUUUUUUAAAGAUUUUAUUUAAGUUUGUUUUUAUCUUUUGUAAGGAUUAAAUUGUUCAGAAAUCUUA